AGAAAAAAAAGCGCUCUUUAAAAUUGAAAAAAAAAAUGGCAUCUUCGAGGAGUAACCUCUUAACAUGGUGAUUCCCCAAAUAAGUGACUUUCCAAGGCCGCACCCGAAUUGAACAUUCUCAAAAUUUCAUUCGCACAAAGGGGACCCCCCAGGGUGUAAGAAAAUUCCGAAGGAGAUACCCCGACCGGCAGUACAAGCCUUAUGCCCCAGGUGGAUAGGCCAAGCGUACACUCGUCCUGGACUCCUGUGCAAGAAUUCAAUAUAACAAUUCAGAUAACGCAGCUCGGAAGUAAAAAUGAGUUAUGAUAGAGCCAUAACCGUGUUCAGUCCUGAUGGACAUUUGCUACAAGUAGAACAUGCCUUGGAGGCGGUUAAAAAAGGAGGAUGUGCAGUGGCGAUAAAAAGUUCCAAUUUCGCCGUUUUGGCAGUGGAAAAGAAGAACAUUCCGAAAUUGCAAAACCCAAGAACGACGGAGAAGUUGAUCAAAUUGGACGAACACAACUGUUUAGCCUUCGCUGGGCUGAAUGCCGAUGCGAGGGUUUUAGUCAAUAAGACGCGACUGGAAUGCCAAAGGUACUUUCUAAACAUGGACGAACCGGCGCCAGUGGACUACAUUGCCAAGUACGUUGCGAAGGUUCAGCAGAAGUUUACACAUAGAGGAGGCGUGAGACCAUUUGGAAUAGCAACGUUGAUCGCUGGAUUUAAGAAUAACAAGGAAAUAUGCAUUUACCAAACGGAGCCCAGCGGCAUUUAUGCGUCGUGGAAAGCGCAGGCAAUUGGGAAAAACGCAAAAGUUGUGCAGGAAUUUCUGGAAAAAAAUUACCAGGAAAAUAUGGAGCAGAACGAUUGUCUCCUCCUAGCCAUGAAGGCCAUAUUUGAGGUGGUCGAAUUGAGCAGCAAAAAUAUCGAAGUCGCCCUGCUGACCGAGAAGGAAUUAAGCUUCAUCGAUGAGCAGCAAAUAAACGCAUUGGUUGAAGUAAUCGACAGCGAGCGAACGAAGAAGAAUUCACAGAAUGAAUAAGCGGGGCGAGGACUCCUCAUUUUUUUAUGUUUCGUACAAGUGUAGACAGGGGACAUCCACGCGUGCGUCUACGUGCACGUAUAUGCUACACAUAUAUAUGUAGAUAUGUACAUAUAUGUGUGCGUACGCUCAUGCAUGUGUAUGUGCGUGGAGCCUUUUUUUUUUUUCUAUCCUAGGGACAUUUGAAGGAUGUUGCGCGUAACGCUCGUUUGGUCUGCAUCCUCAAUUCUUAAAUUGAAAAACUGUGAAAAAAUGACGCGGAACUUUUUAAUUAACUUAUAAAUAAAUAUAUUUUCAUUUU